CCCCAGUGGAAUAUGGUGCUAUCCUUAAUUAUAUUUAUUUGCUCUAUGCAAUUGUUCACCGGGGGUUUCAGCAAACCGGUGACACCUGCUUCGGGCCAUUUGAAUUUCACUGAAUUGGUGGAGAGACACGGGUACACGGCGGAAUCCCACGUUGUAACGACUGACGAUGGAUAUAAUAUCCGGAUUGACAGGAUAUCAGGAUCCCCUUCGUCACCUGAAGCGCCAGGAAAACCGAUUGUUUAUCUUUUGCAUGGAAUUGGGGUCGCCUCGGAAGCUUGGGUACUCUGGGAUCCUAAUAACAGUCUCGCAUUUUUACUGGCCGAUGCUGGGUACGACGUUUGGCUUGCCAACAUGAGAGGAACAACCAACGGUCGCUCCCACCGAACUCUAAACCCCGAUGAGGACAAUGAGUUUUGGGAUUUUGAUCUCACUACAAUUGCUACGAGAGACCUGCCAGCGCAGAUAGAUUUCAUACUGGAUAGGACUGGAGAGUCUAAGCUAACGAUCAUCGGCCACUCGAUGGGAACUACUUUAAGCUAUAUAUUCCUAUCGGAAAAACCGGAGUAUAACAAGAGUGUCAAUUUGGUUGUCAGUCUGGCCCCUAUAGCUUACUGGCAUCCGAAAACUCUCGGUCUUAUAAGAAUACUCAUGAAUGCCAGCUUCCACACUGUGAAACUUCUAGUUAAUGGACCUCACAUGAAUGCAGAGGUGAUACCACACGGUCCUCAUGUCCUUAAAUUCGCUGACGACUAUUGUGAUCCCAAAAUUAGUGAUUUAUGCAUAAAAUUGAUGAAUCUGUUCAUGCAGCAGUCGAAAACUUCACUGUCUUUCGAAGAAAUCCGACACUUGCUGGAAUAUGCACCGGCCGGUGCGUCGUUGAAAAUGCUCUAUCAUUAUCUGCAGAAUGUUAAUUCAGGUGGAUUCCACAAAUACGAUUAUGAGUCGAGCGCUGCUAAUCUCCAGCAUUACGGCCAACGAACGCCUCCAGAAUACAAUUUGAGGAACGUUGAAGCUCCUGUUGUAUUAAUUUAUAUCAAGACCGACUUUUUCGCCCCGGAAAUCAGCACGAGAAUUCUGGAGGAACAUCUGCCGAAUGUAGUCGUCUCCGAAGCCGUUCGCGAUAAGGACUUUAUACAUUCUGAUUUCAUACUUCAUAAGAACGGGGGGGAUAUCAUUCACGGAAGGGUCAUCCAACUGAUUGAUGAAAUCUUGAAAAUUAAGAAGAAAUUAUGAAUUCAACGCAAUAAUUAUGAAUUAUUGGAUGAUUACAAUAACUAAAAUUGAUUGAGCAUUGGGAAUUUCAACUGGAAUUUAUAAAUUCUGUGGUGUUAAUGCGUGAUAAAAUGAGCAGACAAUUGUUCUGCAUUCAUACUUCAUAAGAACGGGGGGGAUAUCAUUCAGGGAAGGGUCAUCCAACUCAUUGAUGAAAUCUUGAAAAUUAAGAAGAAAUUAUGAAUUCAACGCAAUAAUUAUGAAUUAUUGGAUGAUUACAAUAACUAAAAUUGAUUGAGCAUUGGGAAUUUCAA